CAGAACUUCACUGCCAAGAAAGCAGAAGAAGGCGCGCUUGACAAGACAACAGAAGACAACAGCCAUGUCUCGUGUCUUGAUCUGCCCAGAACAAUGGUCAAGCUCGCGCAUCAUCACGCUGCCCGACCCACGCCAUGGCCAACAAAGACAGUACCUCCUGACACAGCAAGGCAUGUACGAGGUUAUGCGCUGGAGUGACGAUGUGCCAAGAUCAUGGAUUAUCGGCGACAUGGUUCAAGAAGAUGGCUCGUUCUACGUUUGUAUGCGCGUGGAUCCCCUUUUCCUUGUCAUUCCAUAUUUGACAAAAGCCAAGAAAGAUAAGAACGUGUUUACAACCCUUGACGUCAUGUUGCCGUUCCAAGAGCAUCCUGGUUUCAGGCACCUGGACACCGAUCCCGAGCGACAGGAUCUGCAUGGGUGCCUUGAUCUCGUGUGCGAUGUGAAGGGCAGCGGCGAUGUUCGCGCCUUCCGUCUGAACGACGAGAAGCUGCUGCGCUGGCUGAAAGCAAAGACGAUCAUGUUUGCGCGCCAGCUGCCAGACCACCUCACGUCGACCGGCGCCACGUCUGCAAACUUUGUUGCCCGCGCAUCAGCAGCAAAGGACAUUCCAUACGAGCUCAAGCUCAACUUUGCCUUUGGCGCGGUGUCGCGAUAUCUGUCGCCGGACCUGGAGGAUCUUCUUCGCUCCGAACUCGGCAUUCGUACGGAGAGCGAUGCAGUCGGCGGUGACGGGAGCGGAGAUCAGGACGGGCAGCAGUUGGGAAAGUACGCCGGACUUGAACCUACAGAUGACUACAGCAAGACUGCCACCGCUGGUAACCAAGACGACAACCCAGGAAAGAAGGCAAAACUCACUGCUGCACAGAAGCGGCUGGCAAAAGUGGACAAGACAGGCAUGAAGUCCAUUGCAUCCUUCUUUGGUGGCGGUGCAAAGAAGAAGAAGAGCAAGUAGUGGUCGUGUUAUGGUGCAUCUUGUUCUGCUUUGUCUGCAUUGCUUGCUUGCUUGCUUGGAAUAAGUGAUCAUGUGCUGCUGGUGCUGCUGGUGCCUACAUGUACCCCAUUUCCGCCAUCUAUUGGUGUGUGGUGGUAUGACUUUCCUUGGUGCUGGUGUUCGUUUGCAGCUUGCUCUCGCUCAGUGCCAAUGUGUGCACAUGCUCCCUUUCGUCUCGCGCGCGUCUUAGUUUGCUACCCAAUGAUGAACGAUAUCAUGACUGAA